AUGACGAGCAGCGUGGAGACGCUGUCGCAAGGUGCGCGCGCGCGCGUCCCGCGCCCCUCCGUCACCCUCGCGCGUCGCCGCCCGCCGUCGCCGCCGUCGCCGUCGCGUCCGUCCCGCGCGUCGCUCAUUCACUCACUCAUCUCUCGUCCUCUCUCGCGCCGUCUCCCCGUCUCUCCUUCUCGUCCAGGCUUGCAGCGCGAAAUCGCGCCCGCGGUGAGCGACUGCGACGCGUCCGCGCGCGCGUCCGCGCGCUCGCAGUCGAGCCUGACGGCCUCCAUCGAGCGCCUGCACCGCGAGCUCGAGGCGCUCCUCGCGGCGGUCCCCGAGCCCGAGGCGCGCGCGCACGCGGACGCGAUCUCGGGGCUCAAAUCGCGCGUCGCGACGCUCAGGGCGUCGGCGCUCGCGACGCGCGCGAAGAUGGUCAGGAUACACGCCGGCGCGAAGGCGAUGCGCAGGGUGGACCUCGCGGCGGUGCUGGACGACGACCACGACGGGCUGCCGCCGCGGGAGGAUCUGUACGUGGGGGAGAGAGACGACGACGACGACGACGACGACGACGACGACGCGGAGGCGUCGGAGGCGUCGGAGGCGUCGGAGGAAUCGGCGUCGGCGUCGGCGUCGGAGAGGACGACCGGGACGCCGCGGUCGACGCGCGGCGGCGGCGCGACGGAGACGGACGCCUCCGGGGACGACUGGCACGACGCGGACGACGCGAACGUAGACGAUAGCUUUAGAACCACCCCGGGGAAGGAGUAG